AGAUUCAAAUUCAAAUAAAUAUGUAAAGGAAAUAAAAAGCAAGACACCGCAAAGAAAGGAGGGAAAGAAAAGCAAAAGCAUCCCAUUUUUUGCUUCUUUCAUUUGUUCUUUAAGAGACAAAAGACACUACAAAUUAAAGGAAUAUUUUGCUUUUUCUUUUCUUUGCAUGAUACAGCAUGCAGAAGGGUAGUGAUCGAUUUCAUCAAAUAAUUCAACAAUGUUAUCAAAAUUAACCGAAAAUAUAACCUAAUGAUCUGUCUCGUGUUGUAAUUUUAUUGGUCAUUGACAGUAUCCGAUCCUGCUUUUGUGCAUAUAUUUGGAGACACCAAAAUUGAUAUAAAAGUUGUCCUAAAACAUUUACCAAAAAAAGUUGGUUUAAUGAUGUUGUGUUUUGAAGAGACCCAUCUGCAUGACUUUUUUUAACCACUAAAAGAGUAAAGUGUGAAUUUUGUAUGGAGAGAUUAUUUACCAAACCAACCACUGCAAGUGGGGUCUGUGCAUGUUUAAAUUUGAUAAAUUGCAUUUAACGGAAUUAGGUGCAUAAAGUUGAAGAACACAAUUACACAAGAGAGAAUCAAAGAUUGACUUAUGAGGAUAUAACACUGUGUGGCUGUACUAUGAGUUUUGCUUUACAAGUCCCUCCAAUUCAUUAGGUUGGGUUGGUCUAACUAAACGAAUAUGAUGAAUAAUGAUGGAUUAUCAAUCCAUGAAGAUUGACUAUGAAGUGACAUUAGUAAUAUGAUUUUUGAUGAUUUUUCACCUGGGCCUCAAAGACUCAUGAUUGAGUUCUUUUGUUACUGUUAACACAAUAACGCAAUGCAUUUUGCAGCAACCAUCGAUGCCAAACCUUUCUCCCUCAAAUAUCUAGAUUUAGGACAAAACACAUCUUCUGUUCUGAAACUUGAGGACUUACUUAAUCCAUUUAUUACACGGACCAUUGCUUGGCAACCGACUAUAUAUGAUAUGUGAAGUAUGGAGAGAAAGGAACUCUAGAAUUCAAACUUUUGCCAGACUCUCGAGUCUCGACAGUCAAAAUCUAUAAGAAGAUCCAUAUAACUUUUCGCAACAAAGCCUCAUUCAUAAGUCAUUGCUUAAUUUGCCUCUAAAAGCUUCUGAGAUUCUACUAGUUUGAUUUCAAGGAUUCCCCCUUCGUUUCAUCAAGCCAGCCGUAAGUAGGUUUUGGUUCAAUCAUUUUCUUUAAUUUGUAAGGCCUAGGGUUUUUGUUUUUUUUUUGACCCAAAACAUUGUAUCCAUUUAGUUUUAUUGAAAACCCUUUCACAAAUAGGAGUAACUAAUAAAUAAACAUAACUUCAUGUAAGUGGUUGGUGUCUUUAUUUAUCAAAAAUAUGUCUUAAUGAAGACGUGUUUUUUUUUUUUGGUUUUUAAUUUUGAUUAAAGUAUUAUUUUAAGAUUUGAUAUGGUUUGGACUUUGGAGUCUCUUCCUAUUCGUACUCUAUUAGGAAUAUUUUACCCUCGUGAAUAUUACCAAACUAUAAACAAAGAUUUGCCAACUUUUCAUGAGAAGCGUUUGAUAUUCUAAAGUCUUGUCUCUUCGUUUCUUCUGUGAAUCUGGUUGGAAAAAAGAAAGAAUGAAUUCGAUGGUCUCCACUGUCCGUGGAAUAUUCACGCUUUCAAAAUCUGAUACUUCAAAUUCGCCAUCUGAUGAAGCCAAGAGUGACUUGAAGGUGUUAUCAGUAGCUUGGAACCAGGAAUGGAGUGGUUUCAUAGUUGGAACAAAUCGCGGGUUCAAUGUAUAUAGCUGCAAACCAAUGAUCAAGAAAAGCAUCAGCCGUGAACCGCACGAAUCAGGCUUCAAAGUCGCUGAGAUGCUCUUCCUUUCUAACCUAUUUGCUCUUGUUGGAAAUGGUUAUAACAAUUCCGAGUAUCCUCCUAACAAAGUCUUCGUUUGGGACGAUCACAGAUUUUGCUGCCUCCGUGAGCUCGCUUUUAAAUCAGAAGUUAUCGCCGUGAAACUAACGAGAGAACACAUUGUGGUUGUCCUGAAACAAAACAUCUAUGUCUACACUUUCAACAACCUUAAGGUUUACCGUCUGAUCGAAACUCUCAUGAAUCCGAAAGGACUGUGUUGCGUCACUCACGUUGAGUCGAAAGCAGUCUUGGCUUGUCCCGGGUUUCAUCCGGGACAAGUUCAGGUCCACAACUUGAGACGGAAUGUAAUCAAAUUCAUCAAAGCACAUGAUUCUGCUAUUGCUUGCAUGACUUUUACUCUCGAUGGAAGUCUCCUCGCAACCGCUAGCACGAAAGGAACCCUGAUCAGGAUUUUUAACGCAGUUGAUGGUACUCUCUUACAAGAGUUGCGGAGAGGAAUGGAAAGAGCAGAGAUCUAUAACGUUGCAAUCUCUUCAAAUCGGAAAUGGGUCGCUGCGUCAAGUGAAAAAGGGACUCUCCAUGUAUUUCGUUUGAGACCUGACAUUCUUAGUUUUAAUCUGGCUUCUUCGUCGUCAUUCAUGAAAGGGAUCUUACCGAAGUACUUGUACGAAAAUGAACGGUCGUUUGCUCAGUUCUCGUUGCCAGCUUCCACCAAGUUCAUUGUAGGUUUUGGAUCAGAGAACACUGUUCUUCUCCUAGGCAUCGAUGGAAGUUUCAGGAGGUGCAAAUUUGAUCAAGCAGAUGGAGGGCAGAUGGUGGAAUUGGAACACAAAUACUUCUUCUCCUUGCAAGAGACGGGCGACACAAUGGGUUUGAUGUGAUCAACACAACGCAUUUUCUUCUUGUA